AUGGACGCCCAGAUGCAUGUGCGGAAGGAUGAACUUGAUUCCCUGCAAGAGACAAAGGAUGCCGAGCUGGGCCAGGUGGCCGAGGACCUGCAGGAGGCCAACGAGGAGAUCCAGAGCCUACGGCUGGAGGCGGAGGAGGCGGCCGCCGUGCACGAGAACGAGAUCGCCAGCUUGCAAGAAGAGCUCUGCCGGAUGAAAGCCGAGCUGGAGAGAGUCCAACGGAUCCACAACGAGUACGAAAUGGAGCUCACCACCCUGCGGGCUGAACUCUGGAUGAUGCAGAACUUGGCCGCCGAAAACAGCGGUGGCGCUAGCGAAAUCCCCCUCCGGGAGCAACGGCUGUCCAGCCCGAGCCAGGAAAUAGCUCGGCUCCAAGGUGAGCUGGACACCACGAAACUCCAAUACUCGGAUCUGAAAGAAGAAUUCCAGAUUUUGCAGGCGAGCAACAAGAUUAUGCUCCACCAGCUGGAGAAGUUGGAAGCUCUGAAAUACAACGAAGGCCCACCCGACAAGUACCGAAACAGGACGGAUGAGUCGCCAUCUCUGGAGUCCAUCUCUCAGUGGCCCUCGGAUCGCCGCUACUCCCUCAUGAAGCAACCCACCAACCAGAAAGGCAGCUGUGUCUCCUUCUGGUCAGUGGAAAUUGUGGGCGUCGCAAGCGACUACAACGAAGAAGAGAGGAUGGAAAAGGUGGAAGAGGAGAAUGAGCUAGACGUGUCACACCAGCUGGCGGUGGAGGAGGAGGAGAAGGUGGAAAAGGUGGAGAAGGUCCAGAACCAGGGCAAUAUGUCCCAGUGCACUCUGGGUGAAAUGGAGAACGAGGACCAGGCUUGCUCCCAAGACCUAGAUUUUAAGAAAAGACCGAGAAGGAGGAGAGAAUCCGAUUUCCGGAAGCAUGACCAAGCACAACACGACCUGCGGGAACUGGAGGGAAGAUACCACCAAAGCCAGUUUGAGCGAGAGCAGCUUCAGGAGGAACUGCGGCUGUGCAGGGAGGAGAUCGAAAGGCUGAACGGCAGCAUCCCGACAGGAGGACGGGUCCCCAAUGGAGGGAUGGCGCCGUUCGGUCUGUUUGUCCUCUGUGCAGCAGGCUUAUUAUUGUACUCCUGCGUGAAGAAAUCCAACGGCAGUGGAUCGCUGACCUGA